AUGGCAGACCACAUGCGCCAUGUGGUAGAAGCUGGAGGUGAACUUACACCGGAAGAGGGCCAAAUGCUCUCCGUGGCGUAUAAGAACAAGGUUGGAAUCCAACGUGCGGCAUGGAGAGUGGUCGACGCCACGAUGCAGAAGGAGACGGAGGUGGGUCACUUGGAGGAAGCCUCCUACGCAGCCGAGUACAAGAAACAGGCGAUGUUUGCGGGAGUGCGAACCUGCGAGGAAGUUCUGCGGAUGCUAGAGACGGACCUCCUACCCAACGCCACGCACCCGGAGACGCGAGUAUUUUACCUCAAGAUGCGGGCGGAUUAUUACCGCUACAUCGCGGAGUUUCACCCAGAGAUCUCGGAGUGCAGGGAGAAGGCGCAGUGGGCCUCUCAGGAAGCCUAUGCAGCAUGCCAGGAGGGUCUCUCGCCAACGCACCCGAUUCGCUUGGGAAUGUGCCUAAGUCAAGCGGCCUUUCAGUACGAGAUUCUGGGCCAGACUUCGGUGGCUGUGCAGAUGGGCAAAAAAGCCUUGGACGAUGCACUUACUCAGAUCGAUGACGUCCCCGAAGAGCACUACAAAGACGUGGUCCUCAUCAUGUCAGUUCUGCGAGACAACCUCGCAUUGUGGACAACCGACAUGCAAUCCUGUUGA